CUUUCAGCCCUUUUAUCUGAAGCAGAUUCCAGUACUGUUCCAAGAGCACAGGAUUCUCUGUCCUUUGACAUCAUUUUUCAAUGCUGGAAUUAGUAUGCCUGCCUUUAGUAGUCUUGAGUCUUUCCUACCCUGCCAUUUCACAAACUGUGAUCAAUGGAGUCCUCCAUUCUGAUGUACUGCUGCCUUUUGUUUUUACUAAAAGUCGGAAGUCAAUAGACCUAAAGUUCACCAGUGUAAUCUGGAAGAAAAAUAAUAAGGAGCUGGUGAGAUAUGAAUCGGAGAAAAUGGAAGUGGCCAUAAGGGGGGAGCUGUCUGAAGCGGCGCUGCAGCACGGUAACGCCUCCCUCGUCCUUCCGCGAGUCCUUAUUGCUGACGAAGGGGACUACGAAAGUGAGGUCAACUAUGCUUCGGAGCACUACAAGAAAAACUUCAGGCUCAAUGUUAUAGCUUCUCCAAAAGUCUCUGUGAAGUCUCUGGUGUUGAUGAAUGUUGUGAGCGUACUGGAGUGUCAUGUGGACAACUUCUAUCCAAAAGAGAUUUCCAUAGAGUGGCUUAAAGCUUCCCAGGCUCUUCCUUCUCAAGAUAAACCACAGCUGGAGCUCAAUCCUGAUGGCACCUUCAGCGCGGUGAGCCGUUAUCACUACACCCAAACCUGCGCAGAUAGUGGUGUGGCCUUCAGCUGCAGAGUGAGGCAGGGAUGUCAGGAGAGGCCACUGGAGGAGACCUUUCUUCUGCAAUUCUGCAAGAGUGCUUCUGUGAAGUUGACUUUAAUCAAUUUGCCGCAGAGUCAGAAGCUGAUCUCUUGUGAUGUUGAAGACUUCUAUUCAGCAGAUGCCAAAGUGAUCUGGAAGAAAAAUGGGCAUCCAGUCGACAGUACAGAGCAAAAGAAGGAUGGCAACUUUGAAAAAAGAAUAUACCAUAAGCUAGACGCUACCGAGACGGAAAACGAGUACACGUGUGAAGUGAGUCAGGAUGGAUUCGAUGACGUGCUGAGAGAGAACAGAUUCACACAGAAAGACGAGUGUGAAUGUACAACACAGACAAUUGCCUUGACAGUAAUUGGGGUCCUGUUUGCUGAAAUUGUCCUGGGGCUGUUGUGCUACUUUAUUUACGCAAAGAAGAUUAAAAAGAAAAGGACCAACUAACACUUCAAGUGGAAGCCCCAGAACAGGCGCAAUGUUUUCUACCCGAGGUACACUAGAUGCUGUUACCUUUAAAGUACAGGAGCUGGAGCAAACUGGAAACAAAACUGGCGAAACUCAGAGUGCCACCAUUGCAGAUCAAAAGAUUUUGUGCCUCUGAAAGGGUCCUUAGAACCAUUUGGCCUGCAAUUGAACCAUCUGCUACCAUCUGGUCAGAAUGAACUGAACGCCAAACAACUCCAACCCCAAACUGCAAGCUGCAGCUCACUGAUGAGUUUUUUUCAUAUUGUUGUCGGGUUGCUUCAGGAUUGAAAGAGAAGCUCCUGUCAGACAUUUUUCAAAUAAGUACGUCUACUGUUAUAAUCAUGUUAUAAUCACGUUAUAUUCGUUAUAAUCACACGGACCAAUUUCCUUUAUCUUAUCCUGGGAUCAAUGCCAAUUUGGAAGACUAGACAGCAGGUGCAAGCUGCAAUGCCCACCACAUCUCUACAGUUUGAACAGAGGUGAGGGCCCUAAAUUGACUGUACAGAGCUAAGAUGUCAGAGUCCAACAGCGCUCUUGCUACAGUCUGAGGUGUUCUUUUCAUACAAGAACACCAUCACCUUCAAAGGACAGAUUGGAGUUUCAUCAUGUGGGGCUACAGUAUCACCUUUGUUUCUAAGCGCUACAUAGAAUCUGAUAAAGAAAUACAGGUAAAAUUCCAUUACAACAAUCUUCCAGGUACCUGAAAAAUAUUUCGUUAUAAUUAAAAUUUUGUAGUAAUGAGAUCCUGUAUUUGUUGCUAUAGUGCUUUCUUUAACUUGCGUCCAGGCAUUUGCAAUCAUUUCAAUAGCUUCUUUCGCAUUAAUUUUAAUCUUCUCCUGUCUACAAGUUAUGUUGACAAGAAUUUUUCUCAGCAUUUCCUUGUGAUAAUACACUUUAAGGGUGCGAAUGAUGCCCAAGUCCAAUGGCUGAAGCACUGCUGUGCAAUUGGGUGGGAGGAAUUCAACGUGAACAUUAUCCAAAUGUGGAAGCCUAUUGUGGGCAGCAUGGUUAUCAAUCAGAAGCCAAAUCAUCCUUUUCUUCUUCUUUAUAUUGUGAGGUUUCUGAACUCUUUUGGGAUCAGUGAGGCACCACUGAAGCGAAUCCUAAAAGAUUUGGGUCGCGCUAUAAGUCCCUGUCUUACACCCCAAAACACGAGGCUGAGUCUCAGUAUUUUAUCAAAACCACCUUUAUUCAGCUUGAAACAGGAACAGCGCGGUUAUUUAUUGUAGCAUGAUCUGCCACUCUCCUAUACUCAGACACAGCAGUCGGGCAGGGUUGUGGCCAGGUUAGUGGUCAAGUAAUCCUGUUCACUGCAUUUACAAUGUUCCUUGCAUCACCCAUUGAGAUCUUUUCUGUUUGCUUCGGUGAAGAGCCGCCCCAGUGCUGUAAGCCUGCUGUUGCCCCGGCACAGACUCGGUAGUCGCACUUCGGAAUGUUGUCCACUUGGGGAAGGUCCCAAGAGAGUUUAGAAACCUCACAUUUUCUUGAAUGAGUGCCGCAUUAAUAGGAAUGUUUCUUGAACGAGCAUCACUGAACCACAUAAAAACAGAUUUUUUGAUGUGUUCAAAUGCAGCAGUUCACAUACGUUUGCAACCUGAGAUUUUUCUUCUUUUUUUGCUCAGUCUUUCAAGAAAGUUGACAGUGUCGAUGCAGAAAUUCUGAAUUCACUGGCAGCGUCUUUAUUCUUUUUGAUGCAAUCGAGAGCUGCAAAAAUGUAAAGUUUUUUUUCAAAUAUGAAUGGUUAUCGUUUAUUUGUGUCUGCCGUUUCUAUAGAAGGGUGACAAUGAGUUAAAUUCCAGUUGAUGUUUUUUGAAUGUUGACGAUCAAUAAGCAAAAGGUAUCACUGAAAAACGACGAAAACGAAAACAGCAAAAAAAAAAAACUACGAGGAAAGUUCGAAGAAAUAAUUUUUUUUUUUACAAUGUUUCUGUUUGGGGAUCGUUGUGCACAACUGAGCUGCAACCACAGAACUAACUGCUCUAUGGAUCAUUCAUUCAGGCAUUUCAAGGUCUGUUGGGCACUUCGUUGUAUUGAAAGUAUCUGCUGAAUGUAUUUCGUAGUAACGAGAUUUCUAUAGAUUUGUGUCAUAUGGGGAAACUGUUGGGACCAUAAAAAUACUUCGUUGUAAUGAAAAUGUCGUUGUAAAGAUAUUUGUUGUAACGGAAUUUUACCUGCAUUCAAACAAUCCGAGACACAAUUGUAGACACAAUGGAGGGGGAGCCAUCUGAAAGUGAGGCAAAACUAAUCACACACACCCGGUCAUUCAAAACAUCACCUCAGUUCAGCAAAGAAGAGGCAGAGAGAACACACGCCAUAGCUCGCCUUCGAGUGCAGGUAGAACAGGUCAAUCGGGAGAGGAAAGGAACACCAUAUCUUCAGGAACUAGCCGAGUGUUUUGUAAGAAAGCAAACGUUUAGUGUGCGUUUGCAGAGUGUGUGUGCCAACAGUAUCUCAAGAGAGUUGUAGAGAUUGCUAAUUAGAUAAAGAAUUGGGUAUGUUAGUCUUUCAUUUUUGUGCAAUAAGCAACCAAUUAGGUGUGUUUUGAAAGUUUUUAGCAAAUUGGUACAAGUCCUGUAAGACUCUAGUGUUUAUUAAGGAAUAGAAAUGUAUUUCCAAGACUUAAAGUAAGAUGUUCUUCAUGGAAUACUGCAUAUUUUAUUAUACAAGUGUGAGAGAUUUAUUUGGAUUUAUAUUAGAAUUAAUUUAAACUUAAAUUAUAUCUGAGUCAGAGGAAAAUAUAACCCUGUUCAGAACUAUAUCAGUUAUUUUUCUAUUAAGAUUUUUAGAGCUUGUGAAUCUCCAUAAUUUAUAAUGAGAAGGAAGAGAGACUUCAGCAUUGCGUGUAGUAUAUUUAUUUCUUUUAGUUCUCACGAUGGUGAUAAUUUGGAUAAUGAUCCUCUUUUGGUUAACAUCUGAAUAAACCAUCAGUUAAAUCAAAGAGCUGUUGCUGCUUGUGAUUACUAGAGGGAGCGACACAGGAUAGAGCACAACCCUUUUCACAGUCAAGCAAUCCACUGCUAACGAGUUCUGAAAGCAGCCAUGAUUACAAAUUUGAAAAAUUCUAAAUCACAAUAAUCAGUAGGUUAUUUAUAGGCCCAGGAUGAAAUCUUUUUGUGAGGUCAAUAUAUUGACAAGGUUUAUACAGGUCAAUGUAUCCAUUAGGGUGGGCAUACCUAAGUACUUUGAUUUUAGCUUGACUUGCGAGCUCAGCACUAAAUUGUGAGAAAGACCUUGAUGGUCAUAAAGUCGCCACUUACAAUCCCGCAAUGUUUCUUUGACAUGCUAAAAACAUUUGGCCGCUGUCUGUGUGAGUUCAUCAGGUGUAAAAGCAGAAUCUGCAUUUCAGUGUCCGUUGUCCAGUCAGGAAGUGACUCCGUGUUUAUGGCAUUGCAAGUAUGACUGCAAAACAUUUGUGGAUGAAUGUGAAAGAAAAUAAAUUGUGGAAAGAAAACCACUGACUCUGUGAUAUUUCUUAGGGGAAAAAUCAUGAUCAGCUCCUGAGAGAGGGCAUAGUGAGCACCAUUACCCUGCAGCUCCU